AUGGAUCGCCGCUUUUCAUUUGGUCCCGGUUCAAUAAAAAACAGUACAAUGUCGCGGUCGCGUCAGUCACUGGGCGGUUCACUGUUCUCCGGUGGUGCUCGUUCAACAAAUACAAGCACAUUUGCACGUCAAGGCUCAGGCCGGUACAGUUUAUCAUCCCGUUCCAAUGUGUCCACCUUGCGCGUGGUUGCCAAAUCCGAGUACAACAUACUGGAAUCGUACGGCUUUUCGCUUCCAGUACAGGUAACCGAGGUGCUUACGUUCAACGAACGAAACAUCAACGUGACGGUAAACUAUAGCCAAAAUGGUUGGGCAUGGUUGGUGCAAGGACGCCGUCUGUUCGUGUGGCAGUAUCGUGACAAUCCGAAUCAAAAAUCCGGCGCAGGUUUUGGUGCGGAAACGUUUGCAACUCCCCGGCGCCCUUACGCUGGCCAGUGCCGUCAGUUGACGCUGCCGCAUUGUGAUAUCGGCCACAAGGCAUCACUGGUAACGGUAUUUGUGAACGAAGGACAUCAGAUGGCUUCCUGUUUGGCCGUUUCACCAGCCGGGGAUGUGCGUUACUGGCAAUCGAUUGCACACGAUGGGUCCUCUAUCGACGAGUACAACAUUCUUGAAGGGCAGGAAUUCGAGCAACUGAUCGGACUCGGUGGACAAGAGUUUGUGCUAGCGACGACCACGUGCAGCUUGAUGCGACUGAAUGUGCACCUGCAGAAUGGACGCUACAUCAUCGUUCCACGGCUUAUAAAGCCACCAUCCGGAUUUUUUGGCGGUAUCGGAAAGCGCUUCGCAUCGAUUAUCAUCGGGAUGCAUAACAGCCAGGAGCGUGAAAAUAAAUUGGUGAAAAUAAGUUGCGAAAAAAUCUCACAAAAUCCCAACGAAUGGCACAUAACCGUGUUGGCCGAUCGGUGGAUCCAACGCUGGGCCGUCCAACCGGCAAGCGGUAACGAACGAUUUCUGAGCGAGGAUGCGGACAUGAUGAAAAAGAUGCGUGACUUUUUCCACCAAAAGCUGUGGAACACUCGGGAUGUGUCGGAAGUUGAGCUAUGGGCGCUAGACAUGCAGGCGACCGAUCGGGGCGUAAUCAUUCUGGCGGCAGCUGUUAACGAGCAACGUUCGCCACAGAUGUACUAUGCGCUAAUGACGGUAAUCUUCAAUCCCGAUAACACGUUUACGAUCAAGGAAAGCACCAUUAUGCGCUAUAAAGGUUUCUACAGUGCGGAACGGUUGGCGGAACUGAUCGAUUUUCGAUUCAUUGCUAACCGUAGCUUUGCGUACGUUUACAACGAUCGGUACAUCUUUCCGGUAGCGCUAGCGGAAACGGGUGUUGCCAGUGAACCUAGCAGCAGUCCCACUACUGGAGAAGAGGUGGAAAAGUUAGAAUUUCACGCACGCGAAGAUAUGAUCCUGAUGGGGAACUGUUUCCAAAACACGCCGCUCUUUUUCUCCCGCCUCAACGGAAUGGUGAUCGUAACGCCAUCCGAUUUCGAUCCGAGCGAUAUGUUCAAUUCGUCCAUUUCUUCCGAUAUGUUCAAUCCGAACAGUUCCACUAUGGACGCAACGGUUUUCAUGCAACAUUCGAUCUUUGCGCCGGCCACAACUAAUGCGGGCAAUUUGAUUCUGUACGAGCUGGAUCCGGAAGAAAUCGCUAGCACCGCAGACAUGUACGAGCCGGACCCAGUGCAACAACUGAAGGCGGCCUUUAUCUACCACAUCAAGCGCAAUACGGUGGCGGCGGACGAAAUCAUAGCCGCACUGCUAGAAUCGGUCAAUCAGCGCGACCAAGUCGAUGGUGAGCUUGAUCGGACGGUGCUUAAAAUUGCCAUUGAUCUUGCCCAGGAUACACCGGCGGCCGAUCCUCGCUGGGAGGUCACCAACAAGCAUGCGCUCGGCUCUUCCACCUCGAUGCAAAUCAUUCAGCAGCUUCGGGAGAAAAACGUUGCCUACACGCAGUUUGUUGAGUUUUUGCGCAGCAGAAACCUGUGGGAUCGUUUAAACGCGGUCAGAAGCUCAUCGGGUGUGGAUUCAGGAGAUGCCCGUCCCACGUCACUGUGUCUGUCGGACAUUGGUGAGAAGAUUGUGGCAGCGAUUGGUAUCAAAUGUUUGCACAACAGUCAUUCCCGCAUCAUUGACGAAGCAAUUAAUCUGGUGCUGCAACAAUCGAACCGCACCGUCCCGUUCCCUAACUUAACGCCACAAGAUCUGUUUUACGCACAAAUACAUCGGGUAGAGGAAUUGUUUAAGGUGCUCAGCGAGCUGGUAGAUGCGUACGUACAGCAGGAACUUUCGUCGAUACAAAUCCAGACAGCUCUGGUCGAGGUAAACACGAUCGUACUAACGGUGCUGCAGGAAGUGUUAAAGUACCGGGAAUCGAAGGCGAGCACAUUUACAAUUCGCGACGAGUUACGGAAUCGUUACGAGCAGAUACCUUGGACUGCAAUGCCAGGAAAGGGUGGACUGAGGGAUGUACUGCUGCAGUUGAUCAGCAGUACACUUCGCCAUGGCGUGAAGGGAACGGCGGAACCGGAGUUCCGUAUGAAACAUUUCAAGCAUAUGACGGAAUUGAUCGAUUAUGUGCUGGAUGGUCGAAAGACUUAUUUGGAGAGUGUUUACGAUGAGGAAAAGUAUGCCGUUCUGUUGCAACAGUACGAAUCACAGCGGAUCGACCUGAUUUAUCCUUUAGUGGAAGCGGAACAGUACGAGAUGGCGGCCAAAUUGGCGGAAAAGUAUUUGGACUUCCAAACAUUGGUGGAAAUUUGCGACAAAACCAACAACCAGGAACGAUUGGAUGAGUACAUCGAGCGGUACAAAGAGCACGACUUUUCACAAUUUGCCAUCAGCUGGCACAUGAACCAGAACAAGCAGGGAGAUAUAUUGCACCGCUUCAAAAACAACCAGUCCGCGUUGGCUCGCUUUCUGGUCGACCAUCCGUCGAUGGCCUGGAUACAGCUGCUGUUCAAUGGUGAACUUGCCCAGGCAGCAGAAGUGCUUCUCUCGCUGGCCCAGCGUGAGAAAGAGCUGCUGGCGAGAAAACGGGCCAUAUUUUGUCUGGCCAAGCUGUGUCUGUUGGCAGCGGAAGGAGACACAUUUCAGGCACAGAUCGAUGCGAUCAAUGCGGAGCUGGAGCUGAUCGAGAUUCAGGAAAACAUUCCAACCGAAAUCCUGGACAUGUUUGGUUACGACACGAAGCACGUAAAGGUUCUAACGCCGGAGGAGAUAGUUGAUCUCUACAUUGCCGAUGAGUAUGGUCAAUCGAGUGAAAAGGAAUUCCACUACGCACUCUCGUUGCUGCCGUUCGUUGAAGAUCCGAUCGAAAUACGCCACCGGAUUUGGUGUACAGCCAUUACGCGCGAUUCGUGGGAAGAGUACAACAAAAAUGCCCCACUGGACAGUAUGCAGAACAUGCUGUUCUUCCGGCUGAUCGAUCUAUGCUACAUCUCGGAUGCGGGAGAUUUGGAAAACUUCUUGCCGCCUUUGGAAAGCUUUCUGAAUGCACCGGAGCUCGGUGACCUAACGCAGAGCAAAUCGUUCCAGUAUCUCAUGAAGCUUGGUUACGAGCACAUCAGUGAAUCGUACAGGAAAAAGUGA